AUGGCACACCAUAAACCUCCGCAAAUUGACACUUACAAUGGAUGGAGAAUUGCCACCGUGGACUGUCGUCCAAAGGGAACCAACUGCGACCUUAACGGCGUCCGUCUCUGGUUUAAUCGCGAAGGUUACUAUGUCAUCAUUGGUGUCCCCGCUGAAGUCUGCUAUGCUUUGGCUGUAUAUGGUCGCGAGGCAACUCAUGUGAACAAAAGCUGGGGCAAUGGCUGGGGGUGCCGCAUACCGCUGGUGCCGCAGAUGCCGCUGGUUACAGGAAGGACGAUUCCAACAUUUAUUACAUAUUUGGCAGUACUUUAA